AUCGGAACGAACUUCGCAACGGCGCUGUAUGCCGCCGGCUUCCACGACACGGGCGCACCAUCUGAUGACGGCUUCAGCGUGUUGUGCCCUGUAAUUUUUGAAGGGUGGUCUCUAAUGUUUUGGAAAGAUGGCAUCUGCAAUUUUGUGGAAUGGAUGUUCAGGCACAACGUCACUAUUCUCGACGACCUCACCACUCCGUUCAAACCAGGACACAUACACUGGAACACUCCCUACCACCUGUGCUUAGUCUGUGGCUAUGAUGAUAGGCCCACAAACGCAACGGUCGCGCACAUUUUGAUGGCCAUGAUUGGGUUGCACAUGGCUCGCGAGCCGCUGUCGCAAUUCCCACAAGAUUUUGGGUCCCGGCAGGCCGUCUCGAGAUCGCUUGCUACUAUGGACUAUCACGAUGACCCCUGUUGUCUGUGUUCGCGGACUGGCUGCACGCCUUGGGACUUCUUCAUCAUUGAAUUCCUGGAGUUUCGAGCCACCCUCUGGGAAGACUUCUCCCUGUGGGAGAUAAGGAAAUAUAACUGUCCGCGAGAAAUAAGGAAAUAUACCCGCGAAGUCUUGUGGGACUUGGGCGACUACAUCGGCGUGGCUCAAUACCAGGCAAUGUUCCGCCAGAUGACCUUCAAAGGCUUGAAGCUUGAGCACUCGUGUGCUUUGGGAGAUCCGGAAACACGAGCAACAGGGCCUUGCGAUGAUCUAAGCUGGGAUGACGAGCACGACGACGUGGUCGUUGCCCUCAUGGAAAGCAUCACCGCCGAUCUUGACAGGAUGAUAGCCAGGGACUUCAACCAAUUUUACCAAAACAAAGACUUUCAAAAUGCGUCGUCCCUGAUCGAUUUCCAUCUGGUGGGCCGAGGUCGCCACGAGUUCGUGGCAACCUUGGACAAGUGUGGCGACAACCUGGAUACGUGCCACACUGAGCCUAUGUGGCAACCCUGGCUGGACCGCUGGUUAGUUAUGGUCGAAGAAGGCAUCCAGAAAAUGCAUAACGACAGCAUAGAGAAGAACGACCUUGAGAAUGCGGCGGCGAUAGGUGUCGUGUGGCACUCGGAUGGGGCGCCUUUCCCGGAAGAACCGGAGCCAAUGUCACCGGAGCGUACUUUGGACGACUGGCUGGAGGAACUGGAAGCGAUUUAGGAAUCGUCCCAGAGAGAUGCAUUCCCUGGUAUUUAUGGCGUCCAAGGUUAUGCUGGCUGGCUGAACCGAGAUGUGCAUGAAAUCAUCAACCAGGAGGCAGCUGCCCAGGGUGGUUCUUGCUCUCGCUAUGGAGCCGAGAGCCUGAGUCUCGAUCCCAUCAGAUUCAGAACUCCGUGGAAGCAAGUCCUGGCACCUCAUUCAUUCACCCUCCUAGAUAGAUAGACUGCAGUGGCUGCAAUUGACGUACAUUUGUUACCUGAA